GUUUCUUUCCAUUUCCAUCUACAAAAAGCAGAAAAAGCAGACAAGCAUGACCUGGCGUUACUGUUGGCGCAAAACUGCAGUUCCGGUGUCUUUUAAACCAACGACACUUGUUAUUGCUACAGCUGCUGCUGCUGCUGCUGUAACCAGCCAUUUAAGCCAAAACCACACAUUGGACUCUUCCAUUACUGACAACAACAACAAUAAUACUAAACGAAGAACGGUGGUUGAACUGGCCUUACCUUCACCACCCACACUGCCAUUACCAGCACGGAUCCUGUCACGCACAUUGUCAAUCACUUUGGCCGAACAGCAACAGGAUAACAACAACAAUGACAAGAAAAUAAGUUCGUUUUCUUCAGUCGAUGAAUUAAUUAGCCGAUUGUUUGCACGUACUACCGCCACCAGUGAUAACAACAAAAGUAGUAAUUCUUCCCCUUUACCAACAACGACUACACUACCGGCGUUCAAGUUUCCCAAGCCAAAAGAAGUGGAAGAAACCAUCUCAAGAUUGUAUCCAGCACUGGCGACACAAAUGGAAAAUAUACGCGAAAGUUAUGCCAAGUUUUGGGAUUUCUUGACCAUGGACGAGUUUCGACACAUGGUCGAAACAGCAGAAAAGGAAGCCAAGGAUCCAAUGCUUCAUCCUGAGGUGGAUAAAGAUGCAGCUGUGCGCGUUGGUUCUGGCUUAUGUGACCAGGAGUUGGCGUUUAUUGAGGCACGCAAAAAGAAACAAAAGGAGGCGUUUGCACGGUUCAUUGGCGUGUCUGUCCGUCAGGUCGAAUUAGAGGAUAUUCCCGUCGUGGGCAUGGCGGCUAGUGGUGGUGGAUUUCGAGCCAUGAUUGGCGUCGCUGGAUAUAUGAAGGCUAUGCAGGAUACGGGUCUUUUGGACUUGGUCAUGUAUGCAGCAGGCGUCUCUGGAUCAUGUUGGACGUUGGCACAACAAUACAGUCCGUUGACAGAAGCGAAAUUUGACAUAUUAUUGGACCAUCUGAAAAGCCACACGCAUGUCCAUCUUGCCAAUGUCAACAACUUUGUUGCAAUCCUCAACGCGUCGCCCAAGAACAGAGAAUUGAUGAUGCAGGGAAUUAUUGAGCGUUAUUAUCAGCAAAACGAAGAGCUCAAUAUCGUGGACGUUUUUGGCUUGCUUCUUGGCAGUGUCUUGUUGACAAAGAACGUCCAUGUCAACAAUAGUGAAAAGGCUGAUGAGGAUGAAGACAAGGAACAAGGCAAAGUAAAGGAAGAAAGCGGAUCCAUGGUCAAACCCAUUUUGCUCGAUCGAAACGCGAUGAAAAUGUCCAAACAGACCAAGUAUUUCCAGGACGGAAGUAUGCCUAUGCCGAUAUAUUGCGUUGUGCGUAUCGAUGAAGAGGACGGUCAUGACAAGGAUCUGUAUCAGUGGUAUGAGUUUACACCUUUUGAGAUGGGAACAGAGGAACUGAAUGCAUGGAUCCCGGUCUGGGCGUUUGGAAGACGGUUUUCUGAGGGCAAAAACACUCAGCGAUUACCCGAACAGACGUUGGGCAUCAUGAUGGGUGUCUUUGGCUCAGCAUUUGCAGCGUCACUAGCCCAUUUUUACAAAGAGAUUCGCGGCUUUAUGCCGACAACAGCAGUUGAAAAAGCCGACGAGAUGAUUGUGCGAUUUAAGGAUUCGAUGUCUGGAUAUUAUCCCAUAUCACCUGCCUGUUUUCCAAAUCCAUUCUAUCGACUAUCUGUACCUCACGACGCGAAAGAUGAUGGUCUUGUCGAGUCAAAACAAUUGGCGUUGGCGGAUGCUGGCCUAGAUAACAACAUUCCCUUUUAUCCAUUAUUGCGCGAGGGCCGAAAUGCCGAUGUCAUCUUGGCGAUUGAUCUAAGUGCCGAUAUCCAGACCUCUUCUCACUUUGAUCGUGCUGAAGGAUAUGUGCAACGACGAGGGAUCAGUGGAUGGCCCAAGGGAGCUGGCUGGCCUAAAAAAUCAACGGAUGAUAGCGAAACAUCGCCAUCGCUGUCGGAAGAAUCAUUGGGUACAUGCACGGUGUUUGCAUCCAAGACCUAUGAUGAUGAAGAAGAAGAAUCUGAGAAGCCAAUUACGGUUGUGUAUUUCCCACUGAUUAGCAAUCCCAACCAUGAUAGCACGUUUGAUCCACAGACAGCCGAGUUUACAAGCACGUGGAACUUUGUCUACUCUUCAACGCAAGUCAGCAAGUUGGUGGGACUGGCAGAACGGAAUCUGACGGAUAACGUGGACCAGGUGAGACAGGUUUUGCGUCAGGUAUGGCAACGGAAAAGAGCCAUGCGGUUACGAAAAGAAAAUAAGGAAGAUGUGUUUCGGAUUGCCUAGGCAGUAGCGGUAGCAGGGCUUAUGUGUAGUUGUUGUCGUUGUCGUUGCUGUAAAAAGAUACAUAGUAAUAAUAAUAAUAAUAAUAAUAAUACGUAAUAGAAAAUGUAAAUACAUAUAUAAAUACAAC